GAGAGGGCCGAUCUUGGACGACGCCCCAGCUGAGAAACAGUUCGUGUGUUGCCUAUCAACCGCUCGUACAUACACCGGCCCGACACAUCACAGCCAUGCUAGGGCUUGUUGAGUAUCAGUGUCGUACAGAUGAGACACUAACUGAAUGAUGGACUAAUCCUCGGCAUUUUGUUUUUCCCAACACUAUUAAACCGUUUUGAGGAAAUAUUAACCUGGAGUUCUGAGACUGUUACGGUUAUUUGGGGAUAACAGAAGUAGCUAGCCGAAAGCUACUUUGGCUUUGACCACUGCUGCCAGGUGGAGUUUCAGCAUGCAGCAGUACUGAGGAUGCUGAUUGUCUUAGCUUUGCUCGUGAUGGCUGCGACCGGUGAAGCUGAGGUCUGCACAGGCUCUGACAACUGCUCCAGCUCCAAUGGCUCCAAGGACUUCUGCUAUUCAGCCCGGAUCCGCAGCACCGUGCUCCAGGGCCUGCCCUUUGGAGGAGUGCCCACCGUACUUGCCCUUGACUUCAUGUGCUUCUUGGUGCUGCUAUGUGUGUUCUCUUUCUUGAGGAAGGUGGCAUUUGAUUAUGGCCGUCUUGCAUUGGUCUCUGAUGCUGACAGCCGUAGGCAGAAUCCACAGUAUCAACGUCUGGACGAUCAGGAGGAAUAUGUGGGCUCCGCCAUGCAGACGCCUGCUGACUCCCGAUACGAGCGUCUCACCUCUGUGUCCAGCUCAGUCGACUUUGACCAAAGGGACAAUGGCUUGUGUUCCUGGCUAACCGCCAUCUUCAGGAUAAAAGAUGAUGAGAUCAGGGAGAAGUGUGGUGAGGAUUCUGUGCACUACCUCUCAUUCCAGCGGCACAUCAUUGGUCUGUUGGUAGUGGUGGGCGUGCUCUCCGUGGGCAUCGUCCUGCCCGUCAACUUCUCAGGAGACCUGUUAGAAAAUAAUGCCUACAGUUUUGGGCGAACUACAAUAGCCAACUUAAAAUCUGGUAAUAAUCUGCUAUGGCUGCACACUACAUUUGCCUUCUUAUAUCUGUUACUGACUGUGUACAGCAUGAGGAGACACACUUCAAAGAUGCACUACAAGGAGGAUGACUUGGUGAAACGCACUUUAUUCAUUAACGGGAUCACAAAAUAUGCAGAAGAGAGUCAAAUAAAGCAGCAUUUCGAGAAAGCAUAUGAAAACUGUUUGGUUCUGGAUGCUCGCAUUUGUUACGACGUUGCCAAACUUAUGUCCCUGGAGUCUGAAAGAAAAAAGGCAGAACGCAGCAAAAAGUUCUACACCGACCUGAUGGCCAGGGAGCACAUCGCCAUUAUGAUUAACCCCAAACCCUGCGGCCACCUCUGCUGCUGCAUCAUCACGGGCUGUGAGCAGGAAGAGGCUGUGAACUAUUACACCAAGCUCGAGGCCAAACUGAAGGAAGACUACAGAAAAGAACGAGAAAAAGUCAACACUAAACCUCUGGGAAUGGCUUUUGUGACCUUCCAGAAUGAAGCAAUGACUGCCCUCAUCCUGAAAGAUUUUAACGCAUGUCAGUGUCACGGCUGUCACUGUCGACGAGAGCCAAAGUGCUCCCCCUUCAGCGGCCUUCUCAACACAUACAACUGGACAGUCACAUAUGCUCCAGAUCCACAGAACGUUUACUGGGAGCAUUUGUCCACUGGUGGCCUCAAGUGGUGGCUCCGCUGCUUUAUCAUCAACUGCUUUCUCUUCCUCUUGCUCUUCUUCCUCACCACCCCUGCCAUCAUCAUCUCCACCAUGGACAAGUUCAACGUCACCAAACCCGUGGAGUACCUGAACAACCCCAUCAUCACUCAGUUCUUCCCCACCCUGCUGUUGUGGUGCUUCUCGGCCCUUCUCCCCACAAUCGUCUACUACUCUGCCUUCUUUGAGGCCCACUGGACACGAUCUGAAGAGAACAGAACAACCAUGCACAAGUGCUACACCUUCCUCAUCUUUAUGGUUCUGCUGCUGCCAUCUCUAGGACUGAGCAGUUUGGAUGUUUUUUUCCGCUGGCUCUUUGACAAGAAAUUCCUUGACGAGGCAAAAGUCCGAUUCGAGUGUGUCUUCCUUCCAGAUAAUGGAGCUUUCUUUGUGAACUAUGUCAUUGCGUCUGCCUUCAUUGGUAACGCCAUGGACCUGUUGCGCAUUCCUUAUUUUCUUAUGUACAUGAUCCGGCUGUGUUUGGCACGUUCAGCAGCCGAGAGGCGCAAUGUGAAGAAGCAUCAAGCUUAUGAGUUCCAGUUUGGAGCUGCUUACGCCUGGAUGAUGAAUGUCUUUACUGUGGUAAUGACCUACAGCAUCACCUGUCCAAUUAUUGUGCCAUUUGGACUGAUGUACAUGCUACUGAAGCACCUGGUGGACAGGUAUAACAUGUAUUAUGCCUACCUGCCCUCCAAACUGGAUAAGAAAAUCCACUCUGGAGCUGUCAACCAGGUGGUGGCAGCACCCAUCCUCUGCCUUUUCUGGCUGCUCUUCUUCUCUACUGUUCGUACAGGUUUUGUUGCUCCAACAUCGAUGUUUACCUUUGUGGUUCUGAUCAUCACCAUCAUCAUUUGCCUCUCCCAUGUCGUCUUCGGUCACUUCAAAUACCUCAGUGCGCACAAUUACAAGAUCGAUAUGGACGUUGUAGACAAUGGACGACAACCAGAUUCAUCUCCACCUGUCAAGUCUGUUCAGACGUACGUCGCCCAAGUGCUACAGGACCCAAACACAGACGAGACAGGAAGCGGUGAGGACGAGGGGCAGGGGUUGUCACAGGAUGAGGAGGGGGUGAAUGAUGGUGAUUUCCAAUCAGGAGAGGACAGCCUUAUUGAGAACGAGGUGCACCAGUGACCCAGGCAGGGCCACGCCAUGUGCUGAACUUGGCAGGACUUUAACAUGACCAAACAGAGAUCCACUACACCGCUACACCUCCCUUCACUUCCAUCACAGCUGACGGCUAAAACACUCCUUUAUCAUUGAGGCUUGGAGACAGGAUGGCCAGUUGGCAAGAAUUUGGAGUGGCUUGUGAUUGUACUCCCCCUAUAUGAGUUUCAUAAUUCUUCUUUAGAAGAUAGUUAGAAGAAUAGUUACCCUGUUUGGUAGAGUUGCUUGCCAUUACAAGCGCAUGUCUAGUAAAUAAGACCAAAAACAGUAACAAUUACUCAUAAUUUGCAAUUAAGAUUUUACUGUACCUAUGUUAUGAUGAAUUAAAACACCCAUAGUGCUAUCUCAAGAGGGCAGGAAAAUUACAUAUUUGAGUGGAUUUCUCAUAUACGCUUAGUCAGAUUUCACCUCCAAAUCUUUUGCAUUAAAAAAAAAAAAAUACGAUUUAUUCUUAGGAAAUUAGUUAUGUAGAAUAAUGGUCAAUUAAACGGUUUGGUGACUGUUAAAAGCAAAAAUAGAUAGAUAUGGCAACUAUGAUUUAAUGGAACAGAAUCAAGUAUCUCAGACAGCCACGUGAUCAUUAACAAUCAUUUGAUUUUAGAUGUUUACCAUCUGUAGUGCAUAGAAACAACACAUUUCAGUGACGGUCACGUCAAAAUGUAUCAAAAUGCUUGUGGAAUAUACAUCAGUCACCAUGACAGACAGUUGAGCAGAAUUAAGUUUUGAUUUAGAAACCAAAUUUAUUUCUUUUUUGCCACUACACCACAAUAUAUGUGAAGGGGCCAAUUUCAUUCUUCUCUAUCAAAGUAAAUGUAUUUAACAUAAAGACCUUUAUUAGUUCCCUUUUGUAUUCGUAAUUGUUGGAAAAACGAAAGGAUAGAAAAACUCACUCCAGCCUGCUGAAUUAACCAACUGUGAGGAAAACUGUCGCCGGACACUAAUUGUCUCACCAUAUACAUGGAUUGGAAAAGCCACUUUUCCAGUCUAACGGACGGAAUCAAAGGCAAAUCACCAUCCCUGGAACUAUUCUCAUGUCUACCCUCACGUCUUCUGCACAUCCAGUGUUUAAAUGUGGAAUGAUGCUACUUUCUGAAUCAGGCAUCAGAUGGACCGAUUUUAAAUUGUGUUACUCUACUGUGGAAUGUUCUGUCAAUAACUGAUACUGUAGCAAAAAAGAACUUAAACGCACAGCAAAUUCCCCAUGUGGGCUUAAAGGUGGAAUUUGUGAAAGUGAAUAUAUUUUUUAUUUUUGUUAUGCAUGGGUAUGAAAUAAUGGUUUCAUCAGGUUUUGGUGAAUUUUUUUUUUCCUUUUUAUUGGCACUAGCAAGUGAUGUACACAUCACCAUUUUUGAUCACUAAACAUAUUUUACUACUCAUAAAUGCUGUAAAGUGUGCAUGGAAAACAUAAGCAGAAAUCCCUGAACAUCCUAAAAAUUGGGUUUAUGAUGAUAGCAAGAUAUCUCACGGGGUCAAAUAUAUCAAUAUGUCUUAAUUAUGGUCUUCUUUAUUGCUAUAGUGGUGUGUUCCUUGCAAUUUUACCAGAGAAUGAGAAAUAACAGACAUUUUUGCUACUCUGUCCAUUAAUGCAUUUUUGUGUUUUUUGUCCAUUGUUAAAAUGCAAGUCAGAACUGGAAACAGAAUAUUUUUUAGUUUUUCUUUCAAAAUUGAGCAGACAAAGGCUGUGCCCGAGUACUUGCUUUAAAAUAUGUUUUUCUUUGUCCAACCUCUAUAUGGUAGAUCUUUCCUGCUAGUGGACUUAAAUAGUUCUCAUUAUGUCAUUUAUUGUUUACAGGAAUAGCAAUGCGGUGUUUAAACUGACAUUUUUUGCAACAAAUGUUAACUUGAAACAGUUGUCGGGUGUUUGCAAACUUGUGAAUUAAACAUUAGGAAGCUAA